CAAACCGGAAGAGGGGAUGUUUGGCGAUCAGCUAAAGAGGAAAGGGAUUGUCAACUAUUUUUUUGUUGCCAUUGAAAGAAUUGUGUCACAGUAACUGCAUUGAGGCUGCUAAAGAGAUACCUGUGUGAAUCAUGGUGCUGUCAGCUUAUGCGUAGCUGAAGAGCCAGAUGAAUUGGUGCUGAGAGUGAGUGAUGGUGAUGAUAGUCCUGGUAAUGAGUGCGUGAGUGUUGCUGCACCUGUUGCUGCACCACACACUUCCCCAUGGAUUCCAACAACGAUGAGGCUCUCGACAUCAUCAUCACCAAUGUGGUGGCAACAUUCAGGACCAGAUGUCACCUUAACCUGCGCACCAUUGCCUUAGAAGGAACCAAUGUCAUCUAUAAGCCUGAAGUUGGAAAAGUGCUUAUGAAACUUCGGAAGCCGAAGAUAACAGCGUCAAUCUGGUCCUCAGGGAAAAUCAUCUGCACUGGAGCAACAAGUGAAGAUGAGGCAAAGCUGGGUGCUCGCAGACUAGCUCGCUGUCUGCAGAAACUGGGCUUCAAGGUGAGGUUCUCAGCUUUCAAAGUUGUGAAUGUGCUGGCAGUGUGCUCCAUGCCGUUUGCAAUCCACCUGGUAGACUUCACAAAGAAAAACCGGCCCAUCGCCAGUUAUGAACCUGAGCUCCAUCCUGCUGUUACAUACAGGAUCAAAACUAUAAAGGCCACUAUUCAAGUGUUUUCUACUGGCAGCCUCACAGUUACAGGACCAAACGUGCAGAAUGUUGCGACAGGAGUGGAGCAGGUCUACCCGCUACUGUUCGAGUGUCGGAGACCUCUAAACAAAUGAAGACAAAGUGCAAAGAAGAGGAGAACGAUGAAAGAGGACUCGAGACUGACAAGGAAUCACCUUCUCUUUGGAUGGAUUUGCUUGUGUUGUCUUUAUGUGGCAACAGCCAUGAACUGGAUCUCCGCGUUUUCACCACCCGGGUUGGAAUUUGGGAGAACGUCAGUUGCUCUUGCUCUCAAUUUGCUUUGAGUGUUUUUGCAUGGACACAAACCGUUUUUAAAUAUUGCUAUUUUAAUCCAUGACAGUGGUAACCAGUGCUAAGAGUCUGUAUCUUAAGCCUCAGAAGCCUUUUUACUAAUUAUACAGUCGUCCUUUAGUCUUUUCUUUAAAAGAAUCUCCGUCCACGAUCCGUUCGUAGUGACGUGUCACGGGUAAACGAUAUCCACUCCGUAUUGAUGAAACAGUUGAGUGUAAACAUUAGUAAGCCAUGUUUUUAUUUUUGCAGAUGCAGAUCCCUUCCAUCAGAGUUUAUAUUUGCUUCCAAUUUGCAUUGUUUGUUUUAUCAGGAUGUACAAACCUUGCCAUUUUACUCCUCCUUUCCAAAUGGUUUGACACACUUGUUGAGUUUUGUUUAUAUAUAUAUAUAUAUAUAUAUAUAUAUAUAUAUAUAUAUAUAUAUAUAUAUAUAUAUAUAUAUUCAAAACCUUAAUUAUUUUAACACAAUCACUGAUAAGUUAACAUUCAAUAUCAGGUUUUUAUUGUUAAGAAUUGAAAAGUCAUUGAAACACUGUCCACCGUUGACUUGUAUGCAGCAAACCGAGUAGCAGAAAGUUCAUGUAAAAAAAAAUGUUCAUAACUCUGGCGCCAUGCAAGGUUGAUUGGCAGCAGUAACACUUAUCAAAAGGUCUUGGAAUACAUUCAUGUGAACUUUUACAGCAGCAUAGAAAUAUAUGGCAGUGGAGCAUAAAGUAAAAAAAAAAACAAACAUUUCUCACACGACCACUGUCUUGAACAGAAAGCAGUGUUUUUAAUUGCCGAAUAGCUGCUGACUGCUCUGUUAAGCUUUGCAUUAAAAAGGCAACAGAUCCUGUAGUUAUGUUUGUAUAUAGUGUAUGUACACGGAUAUGAAAGCUGUUGACAAGAACGUUGAUAUGUUGUCUGUGCGUGCAAAGUACUUUUGGAACCAGUGUCAAGUGAAAGUUGUGACACUUGAAAUUUUGUAUUUUGUAUAAAAAGUAAAAUGUUUAAAAGGCCCACUAAAACAAAA